GGUUGGUUCUUUGCUGUCACUGCUGAUCCACGCAGCCAAGUUGGGCGCAGACAGCCCCCCGCUGUUCACCGAAGACGGCUACGCCAGGUGCCUAGGUAGGUACGUGUGCCUCCUCAGCUGCCCUGCCACGCUCAAGCAAACCCAAAUUUUUGCCCAGUCUCGAUUUGCGCGGUCUGAAGUCGGGAUCAUAAGAACAUGAUCUCCCUUGCCUGAUCCCGAGUCGCUUUCCAAAUACCUGGGUAGCUACCUCAACUAUUGAAUACUUUCCACCAUGUCAACAGCCGGUCCUGCACCUCAACCGCCGCACGCAGACACUACUAUCAAACGUGACCCGGGGACCUAUGCCCGGCUGUUCAGGAAGAACUGGCAGGCGGCAACAGCUGACAAUAACCUCACCUUAUUCGGGCUCCGGCGUUUCAAAACGUCCCACCUCCUGAACCUCCGCUUCCUAGAAGACGAGAUCGCUGAGCUUGACCAUGCCAUUUAUCAGGCUGGGCUCACACUGGGCAACGAUCACGCACCCUUGAAUAAGCUUGGGCUUAACUACUGUAUCAGGGAUGCAAAUGUUGCCCCCAUAGAUGCGACCAUAACAGAACAGUUGGUGCUUCGGCUCCGGGAACUCCUUAAGCAGUAUGACGACGCCAUAAUAGCCUUCAACACCAUCAUGUCAAUGGAACGAUGCUCGCUACUAGACGACGAGAAGGCAGCCAGGGCACGCACAGACCUCACGGUGCCGGAGAUGUACGAGACGAGGCUCCUGAGGCCCGACCUGCCGCCCCGGUCCCGGGUCGACCCCCUGUCGCACUGGCUACACAGGCUGCUGCGCGACCUCCAGUACUGGAGGCUGCGCAGGCGGGGCCCGCCGGGCUGUGAGCUCGGCAAGGCAGACAGCAGCCCGCGCGCCCCGCCGGUGUCGAGCCAGAACUCCGCCGCCCUGGCCAACCUCCUCGGGCGCCUGGUCAGCACCCUCGUGGCGGGCGUGUUCCUGGUCGUCCCGCUGGUGAUACUCGGCCCCCGGACGGCCUCCACCCUGCAGCUGGCGGUGGUGGCUGGGUUCAUCCUGCUGUUCUCGCUGGUGGUUGCCACGCUGGUGAGGGCGUCGAACCUGGAGACGCUGGCGGUGUCUGCGGCAUACGCGGCCAUACUUUCGGUGUUUGUUUCGAAUAGCUCUUGAGGUGGCUGGUUGCAGGAUUUUAUAUUGUGUACUCGGCUUCAUGCAAAGGAGAUGCCAAUUUUCACGUGGUAGACGCCGCUGUCGCGGAGGACUUGGCAGGUGCUGAAGCUGUGUGACCUGAGAACUAGAGGACGCUCACUAGCUACAACAUCCCCUUGUGGUUGUAUGACCCCAUCAUCAGAACUGGUUUAUAUUUUACGAGAUUCAAUUACCAUUUGGCGGUCAUAAGAAGAGUUUAAUUGUUGCCCCAAUCCUGCACUUGAAUCCUUAGACCAGUACCUAGGUAGUCCGUCGCUGGGCCAUUCCAGCGGCUGUGGUGCCGGGAACGAGUGUCUGGGGUUACGAGGGGGUGUUUUUACGGAGCAAACUCUUAGCGACCAGUACGAGGACUUUCUCGUCCCUAACAUAUAUCAAUUCAAUCUUUACCAGUUGGGCUGGUCCCGUCCCGCUCGACG